AUGCUUGCCCGGUCAUGGAAAGUUACCAGUGUUAUUCGAAGCCUCCAUCAGAAGAAAAAUCUGUUAGAACUAGGCAAGAGUCAGUCUGGGACGAUUGACACACUGGAGAUGGACUUGAAAGAUAUCAAGACACCCAACGACGCGAGCAGAAUCCUUGAGAGUGUUAAACCGACAUGCGUUGUGUUCGCAGCAGGAUCAUUUGGAGACGUCUACGCCAUAGACCGCGACGCAGCCCAGCAAAUAAUCAAAGCCUCCACCGAAGCUCCGUAUAUCACCAAGUUCCUGAUGAUAUCGUUUCCUGCGGCACGCAGAGCAGCAGCACCUUGGUGGGGAAAACGCGACAUACAAAACUGGCAGCAGGAAACAAAGUCAUAUCCCGAUAUCGCAGAGGCCAAAACCCAAGCGGAUGAGUAUCUCGUUGCAAUGACCAAAGAGCGGGAGGCUCGUGGUGGUCCGCCUUUUCAAGCAAUCAGCUUGCGGCCAAGUUGGCUCCUUACGGGGCCAGCUACGGGGAGGGUGAAACUAGGCAAGACUCCCUCAUUGGGCCAGGUGAAGAUUGCAGAUGUUGCGGCUGUAGGUGUGAGUUUGCUGGCGCGCAAUGAUACGAACGGUUGGUAUGAUUUAGUUGAAGGGUCUGACAGUGUGGACAAGGCGGUUGACAUUUAA